GGUAAUUGUAUUAAUGAAAAAAAUUGUUACCAUAUAUUGAGAACCCCCAGGAAAAAUGUAACUCUAAUAAAUGUUCCCCAUAUAUGUAAUGAAGUUGUUGAGGAGAUGAAGAAUAUUGAAGAGGAUUUAUCUCAUGUAUUUUAUUAUUUGGAUGAACUAUAUGGUACACUUGAUGCAUUAAAUGGGGAUACCAAUGUAUGUAAUCGCUAUAAUGAACAAUGCAAAGAAUAUAUUGCAAGAUUAAGAAAUUGUGAUUUUAGUGCUAACUCAAGUUUAAUGAGUGUAAUUGAUAAAUUUGAAGAGGAGUAUUAUAAAAUAUGUCCUAAGCCAGUAGUACCUGUAUCCAUACAAGAACCAAAGCAAAAGUCAUUAAUAGAUCAAAGAACGGAAAAGCCAAUUUCAGGUGCAAUGAUUCAACAAAUAAAUAAGACAAGUACAAGGAGCCAAACAAUGCAAGAGACAACUACAAGUGCAAUAAUGGAUACGGUGACAGGAACAGGGACAGGAGUCAUUGUUGUUCCAUUUAUAAUGUUAGCAAUAGUAUUCGUACUAUUUAAGUACUCCCCAUAUGGUUCAUUUCUAAAAGCGAGUGUAAAACCGUUAAGGCGUAUGUUAAAAAAAAAUUAUAUAAAUCAGAAUGACUUAAUGAACUCAUUUGAAGAGACAUACAAAAAUUCAGUGGAUAAGAAGUAUCAAAUAGUUUAUUCGUCAGAGUACUAUUAG